AUGUUAGAUGGGGAUAGUCAAUUACUUGUUAGUGGAUGCAUUCAGAAAAGCAUGAAAUUUUGGUUAAAAGCCUUCUGCGUGGUGGCCGCGGCGCAGGCGGUGUCCUCCGGGUCCAGCGGGUAUGGCUCGGCAGGCGGAAGCGGGCCUGGGGGCGAACACUCCGCCGGAGGCCUUGGGGAAGCUCACGGAGGAGGCCAUUUGGCGGGCGGCCAUGCAGGAGGAGGCCAUUUGGGAGAUGGCCAUGCAGGAGGAGCGGAUACAGCGCUUGACUUCGUCGCAGGUGCCGACCACGACGCCUUGGGGGCACCGACUACGACGCAGAUUUCGGGGUUCGUGGGCUUCGACGGCGCGGCCACUGCCUAUGAACGCCAAAGGCCCCGGCCCGCCGGCGACCCGCAGGGAAUCGGUAUUGCUGAAGGUGUGAGCUUCGACGCUGGCCUCGAUGGAGCGGCGGCCUUCGAAGACGGCCAGGGAGGAGGCUUCGGGGCUGCGGGGUUCACCAACGGAGGCCAGAUCAGUGGGUCGUAUGGAGUGUAA